AUGGACAUGCGCAACUCACCGUAUCAUGUGAUAGCUAAGUGGUUAGCAGAGAAACUCAAACCUUUACGGCUUCAGCUGGCACCACGUAGAUAUCCGGACACAUUCGAAUUUAUCGACGACGUCAAAGACGUGAAUCUAAGUGGCAUGUUGAUGCUCUCUCUAGACGUCUCAUCGCUGUUUCCAAAUGUCCCGGUUACCGAAACAGUAGAUUACAUUUGCGAAUAUCUAGUGACAAAUCAGCUGGAAAUAGGACUACCGACAAAUGCACUGAAGGAACUAUUACUUAAAUUCACAUUAAAUGUGCAGUUCCUUUUUGACAGCCAGGUAUACAGACAAACAGACGGCAUUGCCAUGGGCUCACCUCUUGGACCUCUCCUAGCUGAAAUAUGCAUGGGCAAGCUGGAGAAAGUUCAACUAAGCGAACAGAUCCACAAGUUAAAACACUAUGGUCGCUACGUCGAUGACAUCUUCGCGAUCGCCGCAGCCGAAACUGACGAGGACGCACUCUUAAAUGAGGUCAACAGAGCACAUUCAUCAACUAAGUUCACGCUGGAAUUGGAAAAUGCAAGUUCGCUUACCUUCUUGGACGUUCUCCUAAGUCGCUGA